AUGUCAUCAGACUCUAACGUACUAGACCUGUCAGAAGUAAUAGCAGUAACGCCAGUAGAGAAACAUGGUGGUCAGCGGAACAAGGACGGUUUCAGCGACAUCGAACUCACCCCCAUCAGCUGUUCCCGGUUCGCCGUACAUUAUGUAGAGAAGAAACGUGGCCGGGUGUGGCGGCCGGGCAGGGUCACCUUCAAGUGCCAAGACCCUACAGUGUGUAGGGAGUGGAUAGAUAGACUGCAGGAGAGAUUGAACCAAGAGUACCUGAGACCCCGCCGUCUGCUGGUGUUUGUCAACCCUUUUGGAGGGAAGAAGAGAGGAGUUCAGAUCUACCAGCAGAAGGUGGCUCCACUGUUUGACUUGGCAAGGAUCAAGGCAGAUGUCAUAGUUACAGAGCGUGCUGGCCAUGCUCAAGAUUUACUACAAGAGCUGGAACUCAACAAACUUGAUGGAAUUGUCUGUGUAGGAGGAGAUGGCAUGUUCAGUGAGAUCCUAAACGGUCUGAUCGUCAGGACCCAGCAGGAGGCAGGUGUGGACAAGGACUGGCUGGCGGCCGAGCUGGUCAGACCUCACCUGCGCAUCGGCAUCAUUCCUGCAGGGUCUACGGAUGCUGUUUCUUAUGCCACAGUCGGUGUGAAUGACCCAGUCACCUCAGCACUGCACAUCAUUAUUGGUGACUGCCAGCCUCUGGACGUUUCCUCGGUUCACUACCGCAGCCAGCUGCUGAGGUACAACGUGUCCUUCCUGGGCUACGGUUUCUAUGGCGACGUGGUGAGAGACAGUGACCUGCGCAGGUGGAUGGGUCCCACUAGAUAUGACUACUCCGGUUUCAAAAAGUUCUGUAGAAGGAAAAUCUAUGAGGGAGAAGUGGCAUUCCUGCCAUGUGCAGACCAAGGCAGCAGCCCUUAUGACCAGAUCAGAUGCACAGAAGGAUGCCUUGUGUGUAAGCAGGCUGGAGAGAAGAACAAGCCCACCCCGUUUAACCCCUCAGAAGAGCCUCGUGCUGUGGAGACAUUUGGACCAGGUGGCUGGCAGCGGGUUCGCGGUCGCUUCAUCGCCAUCAAUGCUGCCACCAACUCCUGUGCCUGUAAGAAGACUCCGAAGGGCGUGUCUCCCGCCGCACACCUGGCUGACGGCUGCACGGACCUGAUCCUGAUCCACGCCACGCCACGAUACAGGUUCCUGGGACAUCUGCUCAAACAUCUCACCGACUCUGACAGGUUCAACCACAGCUUCAUAGAAGUGUACAGAGUGCGAGAGUUUAAGUUCCGGCCGGUGAUUAUUGAGGAGACUGAGGAUGAGCAGGUGGAGGAUGAGGAGGCGGGGGUGUUAUCCAGGCGGAACCGUCGGCGGAACACACGACGGAACAGCGUGUGGAACUGUGACGGAGAAAUCAUCGACCAGCCGGCAGUCGACGUCAAAGUCCAUUGCCAGCUGAUCAAACUGUUUGCCCGAGGGAUCGAGGAGACAAAGCAGUCCUCCUGCUGGCCAGUGGGAUGCUUUUGUGCCUGACCAAUCAGGGAUUAGUAUGCAAAUAAGCUGUGCAAGUAGCCAAUAGCAGAGAGAGUCUGUAACAGGUGGCACAUGAGUGCAGCCCACUGGU